CGCCGCCGUUCCCGUUGGCGCCGGAGGCAGCCGGGAGCGAGCGGAGAGGCGCGGCGGCCAGAGGCUGUCCCUCAGCCCCGGGAACGCCGGAGCGCGGCCGCGGGACCCGAGGCAGGUUCCCGGCGGAGCGGGCGCCGCCUCCCAUGCGCCGGAGGCCGCUGAGGUGCCAGCCUCCCGCCCCCGCAGGACGCAGCGCCUUCGCCCUGGGGCGGCCGGACGGGACCUGCGCCGCCGGGGACGCCAGCGCCCUGAGGAUUUGUUUGACCUGCAUUGUGCUUUACUACAGUGAAGAGUAUUUUUCCCUGCAAGACACUUUGCAUUAAAGGAUCAUGGUAGACAGUUUAAUAGUUUCUUUGAGACUUCUCAGUUCACUAGCAGUGCUGGGAUUUCAGUUUGUCAUCCCACAGCCUUCAAUUGAACACAGAAAGGUUCCCCAGAGGAUAGAAGAGCAAAGCGAUGCCUCUGAAGAUAGCAGUGCAGGAAUCCCAGGCAUGUGGGGAAGUUGGGGCCCCUGGUCUGCCUGCUCUAGGAGCUGCAGUGGCGGUGUGAUGGAGCAAACGCGGCCCUGCCUCCCAGCAUAUUACCGCGAAAGGGGCUACCGACGGCCAGGGCGGCAGUACCCGGCCUCGGAGAGAACUCUGCCCCAUCAGAAUCCCCGCCAUCGCGAGGACUCACUGACUGCUUAUCCUGGCCAUGUCAUUUCUGCCAUCCGUACGUCUGUGCCGCUUCACAGGAAUGAAGAGCAGCAGCUUUGGGCUGGCCUUCGGGCCUCUGUUUCUUCAGGUGGCCACAAUACCAGCCAUCUGAGCAGGGGAGCUCUGAGAGGCAGCCGGCAUUCUCAGUCCCAGAGGCAUAACACCAAGGCAGAAAAGAGAAGCAGAAACAGAAAUCCUAUUGGUCCAGGAAAGUAUGGAUAUGGAAAAGUGCCAUACAUUUUGCCUUUACAAACUGAUACUGGUCAGCAGCCGCAGAAACUUCGGAGGCAGCGACAGUCAUCGAGGAACCAUGCGUUUCAUCAAAGUCCAAGUCUCAUGAACUCUUACAGCCAGUCAGCUAGCCCUUCACUUCAACAUGGGAAUCUUUAUCAAGAAGGUGGGCCUCAAGCUGGACACCAAGUCCUGGGACCCUCAGUUUAUCAGUCAUCUUCAUUUCCAGUCUCUCAAAACUUGUUUCAUAGCAGUGACUCAAGCCAUCAUGGGUCUGCAUCCCAUCAGGCAGUCCAGGGUCAGCCCCAGCCUCAAAGGGCUGCAGCUAUUGUAUGCAUUGGCACCUACAAGCAAUAUAAACUCUGCAACACAAAUAUGUGUCCUGAGAGCAGCAGAAAUAUUAGAGAGGUGCAGUGUGCAUCAUACAACAACAAGCCAUUUAUGGGUCGAUUUUAUGAAUGGGAACCUUUUGCAGAAGUGAAGGGAAGUCAGAAGUGUGAGCUGAAUUGCCGUGCCAUAGGCUACCGAUUCUACGUGAGACAAGCUGAAAAAGUGAUAGAUGGGACACCCUGUGACCAAAACGGAACUUCAAUCUGCGUGGCAGGGCAGUGCAAGAGCAUUGGCUGUGAUGACUAUCUGGGUUCAGACAAGGUGAUUGACAAGUGUGGAAUAUGUGGAGGGGACAACACUGCUUGCAAGGUUGUGUCUGGAGUUUUCAAACACACGCUAACAAAUCUUGGCUAUCACAAGAUAGUGGAAAUUCCUGAAGGAGCUACUAAAAUCAACAUUACCGAGAUGUCAAAGAGCAACAACUAUUUGGCAUUGCGGAGUCGAUCGGGACGGUCCAUCAUCAAUGGAAACUGGGCAAUUGAUCGACCUGGAAGAUAUGAAGGUGGUGGGACAAUGUUCAUUUAUAAACGCCCAAAUGAAAUCUCCAGCACUGCAGGGGAGUCAUUUUUAGCUGAUGGUCCAACAAAUGAAGUCCUUGAUGUCUAUAUGAUACAUCAGCAGCCUAACCCAGGUAUACAUUAUGAGUAUAUCAUUCCAGGAGACAAUGUCAUUAGUCCUCAGUUGCUUGCUCACAGGAGGCCAGGAGAGCCCUUGAAUGGUCAGUUAGAAAUGCCAGAAAGUACAAAUCAUGAUGAUGAGGAUUUGCAUAGGGAGAUGGACACUCUUACUGGACAGGCAGCUGGAACUUUUCCAGUUAUUCAGCCAGGAAGAUUUCCUUCUCAUCAGCCAGAAAACCAGGUGCCUGCUGUGCAGCCACCAAGACAAAACCGAGAGCACAACUGGAAACAGAUUGGAAAAACUGAGUGUACCACUACAUGUGGGAAAGGGUCCCAGUACCCAAUUUUCCACUGUGUCAACAGGAUCACUCAUGAGGAGGUUCCUGAGAGUUACUGUGACAGCAGCACCAAGCCUAUUCCAGAAGAGGAGGCCUGCAACCUCUUCCCAUGUCCAGCUUUCUGGGAUAUAGGGGAGUGGUCUGAGUGCAGCAAAACAUGUGGCCUUGGUAUGCAGCAUCGGCAGAUCUUAUGCAGACAAAUAUAUGCCAAUCGCACCUUGACAGUUCAGCAAUACCGUUGUCAUCACCUGGAGAAACCAGAGACAACCAGCACUUGCCAGCUGAAGAUCUGCAGUGAAUGGCAGAUUAGGACAGAAUGGACUUCAUGUUCAGUACCUUGUGGAGUGGGGCAGAGGACCCGAGAUGUGAAAUGUGUCAGCAACCUUGGAGACAUUGUUGAUGAUGAGGAAUGUAACAUGAAGCUGCGGCCAAAUGAUAUUGAGAACUGUGAUAUGGGACCCUGUGCUAAGAGCUGGUUCCUUACAGAAUGGAGUGACAGGUGUUCUGCAGAAUGUGGUGAUGGGGUCCGUACACGUUCAGUGGUUUGUAUGACCAACCAUGUCAGCAGUUUGCCUCUGGAAGGCUGUGGCAAUAACAGACCCUCUGAAACAACUCCCUGUAACAAUGGACCCUGCGCUGGUAAAGUGGAGUGGUUUGCUGGGAGCUGGACACAGUGCUCUAUUGAAUGUGGCAGUGGAACUCAACAAAGAGAAGUAAUUUGUGUUAGGAAAACUGAAGGCCAUUUUGAUGUUUUGAACCCCUAUGAAUGUUCAUAUUUGGAAAGACCUCCCAGCCAGCAAUCCUGCUACCUCAAACCGUGUGGAUCUAAGUGGUUUCAUACAGAAUGGAGCACAUGUUCCAAAUCCUGUGAAGGAGGAUUUAGAGUUCGAGAGGUACGAUGUCUAUCAGAUGACAUGACAACCAGUACUCAGUGUGAUCCACAGCUUAAACCUGAAGAAAAAGAACCAUGUAACACACAAGACUGUAUCCCUGAAAUAGAUGAGAACUGCAAAGAUAAAUACUACAAUUGCAAUGUGGUGGUUCAGGCCCGGCUUUGUGUCUACACCUAUUACAAAACAGCCUGUUGUGCAUCCUGUACGCGUGUGGCAAAUAGACAAUCAGGGUUUCUAGGACGCAGAUAACAAAUACUCUUCUCAAAGCAGCAAUGUCAGUCUUCAGAUGGAGCUUGAACAGUGUUACUGUUUUGACUACAGCAGGUUUUAGCUUCUUAAAGAGAUGGUUUUUGUAUUGCUGUGUACAUCAAGACACCACACCAUUUCAGUUACACUUAUUGUGCAGUUAUGUCUUUUUUAAAAAGUUUGUUGUAAAACCAUGAUCUUUUUAAAGCAUUAAUUUUUAAUGAUAAUAUUCUUUGCACCUGCUCAUCGGAUAAUUAUUUAAAAAAUAUACCAGCCUUACUAUUGUGAAAUUAUUGUUAAAAAAAAAUCAGUCAUACGCAAUUACUGGAGAUAUUUUACCAAUGUGGAUGCAACUGCUGCGUUAUUUUCUGAGUGCUUAACUCUUACUUGGUAUUUUGGACUGCCUUAAAGUAAUAGACCAAAUCAACGAAACAUGCACAUGACAAGCACUAUUUUACAGAGAAACCAGCCCCUCGAAGACUCAUUCAUGUUCAGUUUCUUAGCACACUAAUGUAUAUUUUUAAUUACUUCAUUCAUAAUAAAUUAUAGUAAUGGUUAAACUUU